AUGACUCUAGCACAGAUGCUUCAUAACACAAAACCAAACGACCUCUGCGCGCCAAAUUGUAUUGGCUUUAUUGAUGACGCUGCUCAUAAUGACCGAUAUGGAUGGAUAUUCGCAAUGCCCAGAGGAUCUGAAAAAAAGGAUAACCUGAGAACCUUGCACAGCCUUCUGGGUCAGGCGAAGUAUAAGCCUACCCUAGGGGAGCGGAUAACCAUUGCAUGGAAACUAGCAUCCUCACUGCUAUACCUGCACACCGUUGACUGGUUGCACAAGGGAAUACACAGCGGCAAUGUUGUCUUCGUGUUCAACGGUGAUGAAUUCAAGACUAGCCAGCCUAUCCUAUCUGGCUUCGACUUUUCGCGACCACAGAGCAACAGAACCACAGGUCGCAGUCUUGAGCCAAAAUGGGACCUAUAUCGAUGGCCGGGCAUCCAAAAUGAAGCGCCGAAAGCAGAAACCUCCCGAAAGACAUACGAUAUAUACAGUUUAGGGUUAGUUCUACUUGAGGUGGCUCACUGGAAGCCUCUUAACGAAUUGCUCUGUCUUCGGAGGUGGCCGAUACCGUCCAACCAAGACGCAAGGACUCGAAUGUGGCUACUGGGCGAAGAUUUUCCACUGUUCAAGUCUAACCCUCUGCCUGACUUGCGGGAAGUUGCAGGUGACAGAUAUUGA